CUGAGAGCCUCUAGGAAAACAAUAUGAUUUUCCAGAGGCUUCCGUUAAUUGCUAAAAAAAGGCCUAAUAAUAGUGUUUGAAGGGGAAAUUCGGAGUCCUCAUUGUUACGCCUUCUGAGCAAUCAAGAGGGGAUGGUGGAGCAGGGGCACGACUCGGAAUCUUAUAAAAGGGUGAGUCGCCAGCCAUCUAUCUUCUCCUCUACUUCCCUCACUCUUGGCUUUUGCUCUACGAUCCUCGAAUUGCAUCCGGACUUUUCUAAACCUCAAAACGUCUUACCUACACUCAACAAUCUUCCUCCAACCCCUCAUAUUCCCCGCCCAUCGACAUAAUGCCACCAGCCACCGUCCCAAGAGAACGCCUCCCCGCAAUCCGCACGGCGAACCACACGCUCAUCAGAUCUCUCGAAUCGCACCCAUCCUUCGCCUCCCAGCACUCCGCCCGCAGAGGCAAAAUCUACUUCAUCUGGGACUUCGCGCAACGCUCCGAAGCCAUGUUCAAAGCCCUAAUCGAAGGCACGGCGGCACCGGAUACGCCUGCGACGAGGGGCGUGGUUCCGCCUGUAGAGGUGGGAAGCAUGACCGCACGGCAGAGGAGGGAGUUGGAGAAUGAUGCUGUGGGUAGGUGUGUGAUGCUGCAUACGCUGAUCACGGAUACGACUGGGAUGUCGGCGAUGAUGUUUCAGGAGAGGCCAGGAGAGGGAGUGGAUGUGGGAGCGGAGGUCAGGAGGCGUCAAAGAAGGUUGUGGAGGCUAUUGAGGCCUCUGGGUAGACGGUGUCUGCUUGAGGAACCCUGCCGGAGAGUGAUUCGUCGUCCUGUGACGGACCAGAGUCGACUCUGG